UGGUUCCGGGGGCGGCGUGUGCGCGGGAGCGCGAGCCCCGGGCCGGCAUGGCGGCGCGCCCGGGCUGAGGCAGGCCGGGGGCUGCGCUGCGACUCCCCGCCCCCCUCACGAGGCCGCCUCGUCCGCGGCGCGGGUGUCCGGGCCCGCGGGGCCCUCGGCUGCGGCGGGUUCCACACGGACCGCGGCGAACGCGGACGGCGGCGCCCGCGCGCUCGGGGCCGGGUCGGGCCGGGUCGGGUCGCCUCGGGGUCCGGCGCGCUCCCGAGGCCUGAGGCGCGGAGUCGGGGUCGGGCCGGGCCGGGCCGAGGGGGCGCCGCGGAGGGCGGGCGAGGCCGGCGCGGAGGCCGAGGCGCAGGCGGGCGGGGCGCCGCCAUGGCCGACGAGGCCCCCCGGAAGGGCCGCUUCUCGGCGCUCGUGGGACACACCAACGGCCUCACCAAGCCCGCGUCCCUGGCCGCGGCCGCCGUCUCCUCCAAGCCCGGCGGCGGCGGCGGCGGCUCCAGGAAGCUGGUGAUCAAGAAUUUCCGAGACAGACCGAAGUUGCCCGACAACUACACUCAGGACACCUGGCAGAAGCUCCGCGAAGCGGUGAAAGCCAUACAGAGCAGCACCUCCAUCCGAUACAACCUGGAAGAGCUCUACCAGGCUGUUGAAAAUCUUUGUUCUCACAAAGUUUCCCCAAUGCUCUACCAGCAGCUGCGCCAGGUCUGUGAAGGCCACGUCCAAGCACAAAUCCUUCAGUUUAGAGAAGACUCACUAGAUAGUGUUUUAUUUUUGAAGAAGAUUAACACGUGCUGGCAGGAUCACUGCAGACAAAUGAUCAUGGUCCGAAGCAUCUUCCUGUUUCUGGACCGCACGUACGUGCUUCAGAACUCCAUGCUUCCCUCCAUCUGGGAUAUGGGACUAGAGCUAUUCAGAAACCACAUUAUCAGUGAUAAAAUGGUCCAGACGAAGACCAUCGACGGCAUCCUGCUGCUGAUCGAGCGGGAGCGGGGCGGGGAGGCCGUGGACCGGAGCCUGCUGCGCAGCCUGCUGGGCAUGCUGUCCGACCUGCAGGUGUAUAAAGAUUCAUUUGAACUGAAAUUUUUGGAAGAAACUAAUUGUUUAUAUGCUGCAGAAGGCCAGAGGUUAAUGCAAGAAAGAGAGGUUCCGGAAUAUCUGAACCAUGUGAGUAAACGCCUGGAGGAGGAGGGUGACCGUGUGAUCACGUACCUGGACCACAGCACACAGAAGCCCCUGAUCGCCUGUGUGGAGAAACAGCUGCUGGGAGAACACUUAACCGCGAUUCUGCAGAAAGGGCUGGACCACCUGCUGGACGAGAACAGAGUGCCUGACCUCACUCGGAUGUACCAGCUGUUCAGCCGCGUGCGGGGCGGCCAGCAGGCGCUGCUGCAGCACUGGAGCGAGUACAUCAAGACUUUCGGGACAACGAUCGUUAUCAACCCUGAGAAGGAUAAAGACAUGGUGCAGGACCUGCUGGACCUGAAGGACCGUGUGGACCACGUGAUAGAAGUGUGCUUCCAGCGGAACGAGAAGUUCAUCCACCUCAUGAAGGAGUCCUUUGAGACAUUCAUCAACAAGAGGCCAAACAAGCCCGCGGAGCUGAUCGCAAAGCACGUGGAUUCAAAAUUGAGAGCAGGUAACAAGGAAGCGACGGACGAGGAGCUGGAGAGGAUCCUGGACAAGAUCAUGAUCAUCUUCCGGUUCAUUCACGGUAAAGAUGUCUUUGAAGCAUUCUAUAAGAAAGAUUUGGCAAAAAGACUGCUUGUUGGGAAAAGCGCCUCCGUGGAUGCUGAGAAGUCAAUGUUGUCGAAGCUGAAGCACGAGUGUGGGGCCGCGUUCACCAGCAAGCUGGAAGGCAUGUUCAAGGACAUGGAGCUCUCCAAGGACAUCAUGGUUCAGUUCAAGCAGUACAUGCAGAACCAGAGUGACCCGGGCUCUAUAGACCUGACGGUGAACAUCCUCACCAUGGGGUACUGGCCCACCUACACGCCCAUGGACGUACACCUGACCCCAGAGAUGAUUAAACUUCAGGAAGUAUUUAAGACAUUUUAUCUUGGAAAGCACAGUGGUCGAAAGCUUCAGUGGCAAACGACGCUGGGGCACGCGGUGUUGAAGGCAGAGUUUAAGGAGGGGAAGAAGGAGUUCCAGGUGUCACUGCUGCAGACGCUCGUGCUGCUCAUGUUCAACGAAGGCGACGGCUUCAGCCUGGAGGACGUCCGGGUGGCCACCGGCAUAGAGGACAGCGAGCUGCGGCGGACGCUGCAGUCCCUGGCCUGCGGGAAAGCGCGCGUCCUGCUCAAAAGCCCCAAAGGGAAGGAGGUCGAAGAUGGAGACAAGUUCUUCUUCAACGGUGACUUCAAGCACAAGCUCUUCCGGAUCAAGAUCAACCAGAUCCAGAUGAAGGAGACCGUGGAAGAGCAGGUGAGCACCACGGAGCGCGUGUUCCAGGACCGCCAGUACCAGGUCGACGCCGCCAUCGUGCGGACGAUGAAGAUGCGGAAGACGCUGGGCCACAACCUGCUCGUGUCCGAGCUGUACAAUCAGCUCAAGUUUCCCGUUAAGCCUGGAGAUUUGAAGAAGAGAAUCGAGUCCCUCAUAGACAGAGACUACAUGGAGAGAGACAAAGAGAACCCGAACCAGUACCACUACGUGGCCUGAGGCUCGCGGCCCCGCCUCCCGCCAGACGCUAGAAUGUACCUUCAGGGCAGAACACUUCUGUGCUGUUUCCAGGGCUUUCUGGGAGGGAACAGCAUGGCUGCUUUGGGACUAGAAGGAAAGGGGGGGUCCUUGGAUCCCCCUUCACAGGCUCAAGCAUUCGCAAGAGGCAUGUGCGCCUCCCCUCCAGCCUUCCUCCCGUUCUUUUAGGCAUUUAGUGGUUCCUUGGCUCUGCAGGGAGACUCUGAGGGUGGACAUGCAGAGAGACUGGUGUGUUCAAAGAGGCUCCUUUGUAGCAUUGUUCCUGUGGCAGAAGCUGGUGUUCCGCGUGUGUGUGUGCGUGUGCGUGUGCGCGUGCGCGGCCCUCCGUGCUGCCUCCUGUAGCGGCGGGGGCCCCUCGCUCGGUGUUCCUGGCACAAGCUCUUAGACCUCGAACAAGAGCCCUGUGCGAGGGGCGCAGUGUGGAAGCCGGCCGGCCCGUCCGCAGCCUGGCAGGGCCGUGGCGCCGGGGCUGCUCCCCAUGGCGGGCUUGCCCUCUGAGGACUGGCUCUCCGGACGGGGCUCCGCGGGGAGACCUCUGCCGCCCCAGGCGGCCGCGCGCCGCGCUUCCGGUGCCACGGGCCCAGCAGCGCCGUCGUCUCCCUUCCGCUGCGUCACUUGUGGGUUUUCUGUGUGAGGGUUUGGGGGGCGUGUGUGCGUGCCAUUCUCAGAGCGAGUCGAGCGGCCCCUGUUCCCUGCGUCGGGGUAACUGCUGUUUGAUUUGUUUCUAAUUGCAGUGUUUGUACGAUUGCAACAAUAAAGUUUGGUUUUGUUUUCACGGCCCUGGUCAGGGCAGCCGUGCUCUGCCGUAACCACUGCAGACAGUUCCGGGGAGACGCGCCGCUGUGAGCGGAGGCGGCCUUGGCGGCGGCGGCUCUCAGGCUGCCCGCGCGUGGCCGGGGCAGCGGGCGGUGAUGUGCGUGUGGUAACUGCAGCAAAGAUGCUUUUGUGAGAACAUUUAAAAGUACUUUAUAUUUUACAUAAUAGCAUGUUUCAUUUUGAUUAAAAGCUACCAAAGGAAUUUUGAUCAUGGUGUACGUGUUGAAAGCAAUAUUUUCUGGAAUAUACCAAGUUUAUAUAAUUUGAUUUUUGUGCUAAAUUAUUAAAAGAUUCUCCCUUUUUGAAACAUGCGUGUUUAAAAUAUGACAUCUUAUGGGUUUCCAUAGGAACAUCCUCCCUCUUUAAGUAUCAUCUUUAUUUCUAUAUUGGUAAGUUUUCAUUUGUGAGUUCAGUAACACGUGGUCGGUAAGAGACCGCACAGAUUCUAUUUCUUAGACUUUACGUUGAUUGUCUCUCGAUUGUUGAUAUUGUAAUUUAAUGUAGACUUACUCUGAAUAAAAUUAGUUUAAUUGGC